AUGCUGAGGAAGAGAAGCAGUUCAAUCCAGAAAGAUCAACACAGCAUGGGUUAUUUGACAAAUUCUGAUGCUAAUUCUGAAAACUAUUCGAAAUCUCUUGAUUUUGGUCGCAAUAUCAAAGGCAACCCGAUUUUCAAUAUCCCUUGUUUGUUUGUGGGUUUAGGUCCAAAAGGGUUUUUGGAUUCGGAUUCGGUUAGAAGUCCAACUUCACCUCUAGAUACUAAAGUUCUUUCGAAUUUUGGUAACCAUGUUAGGAACCAAAGAUCUUCGCUUUUUGAGGGGAAUCAAAGGAGUUGGGAUUGUUGCAAAGUUGGUUUAAGUAUUGUAGAGUCUUUGGAGGAUUGUAACUGUUUUAGGUUUUGUGGGAAAACUCUUCAAUCACUUGAUAGCAAGAACAAUAGUUUAAGUCCUCGAAUGAUGAUUAAAACAAUUCCAAUUUGUGAAACUUGUAUCGAUUCUUUUGAGUCGUCUAAGUCUUUGCCUAAAGAUUUUUGUACCCGAAAUGAAUCUGUUAUCCAUAAGGGUGAAUGUGAAUCCAAUGUCCUUUUUGAAAUCGGCGAAACUAGCUUAGAACUUGAUGAACCGUUUGGGAGAACUAGGUCUUGUUCAAUGGAUUCGAGCAAAUCAUUGAAAGCUACUGAUUCAGAUUUUGAUGAUUUUGAUAUGAAAGAUGUAGCGGUUCAAAUUAGCGUUUCUCCUCAUUUUAUUGGAGGAAGCGAGAACUCGAAUGCCAUUGCACCGGCAGAGUCGAAACCAAACACUUUGUCCGAAUUUUCUUCUGAUGAAAUUUUGAAGUCUCUAUCAGCGAGUGAGAUUGAGCUUUCAGAGGAUUAUACAUGUGUGAUCUCUCAUGGUCCUAAUCCGAAAACAACUCAUAUUUUUUGUGAUUGUGUUUUGGAAACUCAUCCUGAUUUAUGUAUUAAAAACCAUUUUAAGAAUGAAGAGCAUGUGAAGGAGAAGGUAGCGACUCCAAUUGGUAAAGGGUUACAAACUCCAAACCAAUAUCCCUCUCGUGCCUUCUUGAGUUUCUGCCACCAUUGUGACAAGAAACUCGAGGAGGGGAAAGAUAUUUAUAUCUAUAGAGGUGAAAAAGCAUUUUGCAGCUUAACUUGUCGCGAAAUGGCGAUUAUGAUUGAUGAAGAACUCGAGAAAUCCCACCCUCCUUGUGAGAACUCUCCAAAACCAAAACCAGGUGAGCAAAUUUUUGAAACAGGAAUCCCAAUAAUCAUAUAA